AUGAAGUUACGAUUAGGAAGGGUAGUUUUGUUGUUUUGCGCUGUGCUGAUGUAUGGCAUUAGCAGAUCGGCAUCUGUUCCUUCGAAAGCCACACUUCUCGGAGUUGCCCCAGAAGAUGAGAAGCAUUACAAUGGAUUGUCAUCUUCUGGUACCAUAAAAUGUAAAGAUGGAUCAAAGAAAUUCAGCAAGUCUCAGUUCAAUGAUGACUUUUGCGAUUGCCCCGACGGCUCGGAUGAGCCAGGAACGUCCGCAUGCCCGGAUGGGAAGUUCUAUUGUAAGAAUGCAGGACAUGUUCCACUCUUCUUAUAUUCUUCUAGGGUCAAUGAUGGUUUAUGUGAUUGUUGUGAUGGGAGCGACGAGUAUGAUGGUAAAAUUAAGUGCCCUAAUACUUGUUGGGAGGCUGGCAAAGUCGCAAGAGAUAAGUUGGAGAAAAAAAUAACAACAUUUAAAGAAGGCGUCAUUAUACGAAGGCGGGAAACUGAAGAAGCAAAAUUAGCCAUAGCAAGAGAGGAGGCUGAACUAACAAAGCUGAAAGAUGAGGAGAAGAUACUCAAGGGAUUGGUUCAACAACUCAAGGAGCACAAGGAACUGAUAGAUAAGUCUGAGGAAAAAGAGCUGUUGCAGAAAGAAAAAGAAGAGCUAGAAAGAAAGGAACAUGAAGAAGCUAAAUUGAAGGAAAGCAAAGCUGAAGAGAACACUGAAAGUAUAGGAGAACCUGAGAAGAAUGAUAUAUAUGAUAAGGAUGCCCUGGAAGAUAAUCACAAAUCUGUUGGUGACCCUGAGAUUAGUGAUCAGACCAACAGAGCAGAACAGUUGAAAGAGGAUUCUCUCCAGGAUACUGAACAGAAAGAGGGAGAUUCCACUGUUGAUGGCAAAGCUGGUCUUGAUACUGGAAAUCAGGAGAAACAUGUACUAGAAGAUACCGAGUCCUUAUCACGAGAAGAAUUAGGGCGUCGUGUCGCUUCUCGAUGGACAGGAGAAAUGACCGAGCAACAAAGCAAAGAGGGUGAUACCUCUAAAGAUAAUGAUCCUCAAAACCAUGAAGAAACACUUGAAGAUAGACAUGAUGAGGAAUAUAAUGGCUAUGACUCAGAGGAUGUUGAGCAGAGAGAUGAUGAUGAUGAUGAUGAUGAUGACAGUGAAGACCAGAUGGAAGAGUAUGGGGAGGAUGAUCAUGAUGAUUCGGGUUCUUCAUACAAACCUGAUUCUGAUGACGAAUCACACUUGUCAGAUAUAACUAGUAUAAAUAGCCAAACGUGGCUGGAGAAGAUACGGCAAACUGUGAGGAGCAUCUUUCAGGCUGUCAAAAAUUUCCGAACUCCCGUGGAUAUAUCUGACGCUGCACGUGUACGCAAAGAGUACGAUGAAUCCAGUUCAAAAUUGUCUAAAAUACAGUCAAGGAUAUCAAGUCUUACGCAGAAGUUAAAAUAUGAUUUUGGAAUGGAAAAGGAGUUCUAUCCCUUCCAUGGUCAAUGUUUUGAGAGCAAGCAGAACAAGUAUGUUUACAAAAUCUGUCCUUUCAAACAAGCUACUCAAAUGGAGGGUCAUAGUACAACUCGUUUGGGGAGCUGGGAGAAAUUUGAAGAGUCCUAUGGAAUCAUGCUAUUUUCAAAUGGAGAUCACUGCUGGAAUGGCCCAAAUAGAAGUUUAAAGGUAAAGAUGAGAUGUGGUUUGAAAAAUGAAGUUACAGACAUUGGUGAACCAAGCCGUUGCGAAUACGUAGCAUUGUUAUCAACUCCAGCCAUGUGUGUGGAAGAUAAACUAAAGGAACUGGAAGUUAAAUUAGAGACGAUGAACAAGAAGCAACCACAGGGUCACGAUGAGCUUUGA